CCUGGAUGGGCGCGGAGGCGGAGGCGGAGGCGGAGGCGGAGGCGGAGGCGGAGGUCGGGGGAGGCGUCCUCACCGGCACCCGAACAGGGGGGCCGGGGGCGGCAACAGCACAGGAGGAGGCAGUGGAGGAGGAGGCGAAGGGGAAACGAGAGGCGAAGGCGGCGGUGUUCGUUGCCUGGUUGUGACGGGUCCCAACAUGGGCGGCAAGUCCUGCUACACACGCACCGUGGCGCUGCUGGUGGUGAUGGCGCAGAUCGGCAGUUACGUGCCCGCUGAGAGCCUGCACCUCACCGUGUUCGACGGCGUGUUCACCCGCAUGGGCGCAUCGGACAACAUCCUCCUGGGCAGGAGUACGUUCUUCGAGGAGAUGUACGACACGGCGCACCUGCUAGCAGCCGCCACCCCCCGGAGCCUUGUCGUACUGGACGAGCUAGGCCGCGGUACGGCAACCCAUGAUGGCGUGGCUGUAGCAGGUGCCGUACUGCAUUACCUGAUGUACCACACUCGCUGCCUCACGCUGUUCGUGACGCACUACCC